AAUUAGCACAAAUGUCAUCAUACAAAAACAAACUAACCUCAAAAUAAAUUUUUAUUAAACGUUAUAAAAUGUUAUAAAAACGUAACUUUUCAUUACAACUAUAUUAGAGGUUAUAAAUUAGUAAUAAUGGGAAAUGAUAAAAAGCGUCGUUCUAGAAGUAGAGAACGCAACGAUAAAGAACGUGAAAAACGCUCAAGGUACUCAAGAUCUAAAAGCAGGGAAAGACAUAAACGCCAUAGAUCACGAUCUAAAUCUCGCGAGAGAGAUUUAAAAUAUGACUCGAAAUACGAAAAAGAUAAAUAUCAGCAUGGAAAAUCCGAUAGGGAUCGUCGCGAUGAUAGAAAUUACGAUAAGGAUAAGAAGCAAAGAAAAAAGACGCCCAGUCCAACACCGGAAGAUACCAAAGAGGAGGUUAAACACGAUCCUAAUGUCAACCUUAAAAAAGAACCGUUGAGUUUGGAAGAGUUUUUAUCGAAGAAAAAAGCGGAAGAAGCCGCUAAAAGUAAACCGGUAUUUCUUACGAAAGAACAAAGAGCAGCGGAAGCUAUAAAAAGGAGACAAGAAGAAAUUGACAAGCUACGGAAAGUUCAUGAUGCAGAAAGAAAAAUUAUUGAUGAUAUUCAAAAAUCGCGGUUGGAGGAAGCUAAAAGAGAAGAUCGUGAACAUCGGAGAAAUCGUGAACGCGAUACAAAAGAAGAAGACAAACAAAAAGAUAAAGACAAAGAACGUGAAACGGAAGCGAUUAAAGAACGUUAUUUAGGAAUCGUAAAGAAAAAAAGACGUCAAAGACGUUUAAACGAUCGGAAAUUUGUUUUCGAUUGGGAUGCAGGUGAAGAUACAUCGAACGAUUAUAAUUCUUUGUACAAAGAAAGACAUCAAGUACAAUUUUUCGGUCGUGGAAAUUUAGCCGGGAUUGAUAUAAAAGCGCAAAAACGCGAUCAAAGUAAAUUUUAUGGGGAACUUUUAGAGAAACGUCGCACGGAAGCGGAAAAAGCCCAAGAAAAAGUACGGUUAAAGAAGGUUAGAAGAAAGGAGGAGAAACAACUUUGGGAUGAUCGUCAUUGGUCGGAAAAAGAUGUUGAUGAAAUGACCGAAAGGGAUUGGAGAAUAUUUAGGGAGGAUUACAACAUUACCAUUAAAGGUGGAAAAAUACCUGAACCAAUAAGAAAUUGGAAAGAAUCCGGGAUACAAAAAGAGUUAUUGGAUAUCGUUGAUAAAGUUGGAUAUAAAGAUCCAACUCCGAUUCAGCGACAAGCGAUUCCUAUUGGGAUGCAAAAUCGGGAUAUUAUUGGUGUUGCAGAAACUGGUUCAGGAAAAACUUUAGCUUUCCUCAUCCCUCUAUUAUCUUGGAUACAAUCUUUACCGAAAAUUGAAAGAAAUGAAGACGCCGAUCAAGGUCCUUACGCAAUCAUUUUAGCACCAACUCGUGAAUUGGCACAACAAAUUGAAGAAGAAACACAAAAAUUUGGUCAACCACUUGGUAUUCGUACAGUGGUUGUUGUUGGUGGUUUAAGCAGAGAGGAACAAGGUUUUAGAUUACGAAUGGGUUGUGAAAUCGUUAUUGCAACCCCCGGUCGUCUUAUUGAUGUCUUAGAAAAUCGAUAUUUAGUACUAAACCAAUGUACAUAUAUCGUACUUGAUGAAGCUGAUCGUAUGAUCGAUUUAGGUUUUGAACCCGACGUACAAAAAAUCUUGGAAUAUAUGCCGGUAACAAAUUUAAAACCCGAUACAGAGGAAGCUGAAGACAGUAAAAUUUUAUUGGCGAAUUAUAACAGCAAGAAAAAAUAUCGCCAAACGGUGAUGUUUACAGCUACAAUGCCUCCUGCUGUUGAGAGAUUAGCUCGCACUUAUUUGAGAAGACCCGCUGUUGUUUAUAUCGGUAGCAUUGGUAAACCUGUUGAAAGAGUUGAACAAAUAGUUCAUAUCAUGGGCGAAAACGAUAAGAGAAAGAAAUUGAUGGAGUAUUUGAACCGCGGAAUUGAACCUCCGAUUAUUAUUUUCGUUAAUCAAAAGAAAGGAGCCGACGUUUUGGCUAAAGGCUUGGAAAAACUUGGCCACAACGCUUGCACUCUUCAUGGUGGCAAAGGACAAGAACAGAGAGAAUACGCUUUAGCCAGUCUUAAAUCGGGAGCUAAAGAUAUUUUGGUUGCCACCGACGUAGCUGGAAGAGGUAUUGACAUCAAAGAUGUUUCGAUGGUUAUUAAUUAUGAUAUGGCUAAAACAAUCGAAGAUUAUACCCAUCGUAUUGGAAGAACCGGCCGUGCAGGAAAAACCGGUAUCGCUGUUAGUUUUUGUACUAACGACGAUUCGGCUUUGUUCUAUGAUUUGAAACAAAUGUUACUUUCAUCACCCGUUUCAACGUGUCCACCCGAAUUAAUGAAUCAUCCUGAGUGUCAAAUGAGACCUAAUCAACCCAAAAGGAGAAGAGAUGAAAUGAUUUUUGCAUAAAAUUAUACAUGAAAAAAAAUAAUAUUUUUAAUGUGAUUAAGUUAAGAAUGUAUUUCAAGAUAUAUUUCAAAUAGACAUCCAUUUGAAUGCUUUGUAACAAUAAAAAUGUGUAAGAUGUUU